AUGGAAGAGUGGUGGAGCAACAACUCUCGGCAAAAUGAUACCCGUCCAGGUAGUUUAAUCGAAGGCAUCCAAAUCGACGAAACAUCUCAGCCAAGAACACCUACUGCGGCCCCAGAUAAUAGAACCUCCCACAAGAGAAGGCGUCAAGAAUCACCGAGCCACCGAGAGCUCAGCGGACAAUCAGCAUAUCUGCCGUCCGACAACUUGAUCAAUGCGGUUCUUGAUGCAUACUUCUCUGCUGUGCAUCCUUUCAUUCCAAUCAUUCAUGAGAUGCUCUUCCGGUCACGCCUGCGAGACCCCGCUGAGCGACCGAAGUUGAUCGUUGUAUUGCAUGCCAUGAUGGUGUGUGCCCUUCGCUAUGUUGCUAACGAGAGAUUAGCAAAGGAAUGGAUUGCUCAACUUCCCGAUGCUCUCCACAGAUCACGGGAAUACGUUCUUUUGUCAAAUAUGAAUGAAAUCACUGUGGAAAAUAUACAGGCCCUGAUCAUAAUCGCCUUUGUACAUAUUGGGGACGGAAAUGCGAAAAAAGGCCUGGCCAACCAUUGGGACACUGAGCAGAGCGGUCGUGCUUUUAGGUCUCAACCGCGAGCCUGA